AUGUUCAAAUUGUUCAUCUUCGCUUGCUUCCUCGCUUUGGCUGCCGCCAAGCCCGGAUUGUACUCUGUUGCCUACACCGCACCAGUAGCGGCGGCGUACACUGCACCUGUUGCUGCAGCGUACACUGCACCCAUCGCCUACUCCGCCUACUCUGCCUAUCCUGCGCCCGUUGCUGCAUACUCCGCUUACACAUACGCAGCCCCAUACUCUGCAUAUUUCCUCCGUCGUUGA